GCCGCAGCCACAGCAGCAACUAGUGCAGCAUGGGCCGAAAGGCAUGCUGGAGCUCCCUUCGAGAGCGUGUCGGCGACCUGCUGCCAUGCCAGACCGUUGCCCGUUCUUCUUUCCUUCGCUUUCUCUCGUCGAGCAAACUGCAAGUAUCACGGUCUUUCACUGACAUAGUGCCGUCAUGUCAGCCCAGUCUUCGCCCGUACCAACUCUACUGGACAAGCUACUUGUAGUGCCUCUACUGGCACGAGUACUCGGAGCAGCUGUAUUUCGCGCCCUUACAUUGCCAAUCACAAGCACCGCGAAAGCCAACAAGACAUUCAAAGACAUCGUCUUCGCUGCCCUUCGUGCAAACCUUGCCAACAUCAACGUUGCGCAGGAGCAGUGGCUGAACGCAAGUACAGAGUCCGGCUACCUCGAUUUUGCCAAAAAGGCAAAUGUUCAACCCGAUACUGAUGUCUUGCCCUCGGGCUUGAAAGUACACUGGCUGGGGCCGAAAGCUGCAUCCAAGACUAUUUUGUACUUCCAUGGAGGAGGAUAUGCGCUUUCAUGUACAGCAGGCCAUUUUCAGUGGCUGUUUGGUUUGCAGAACGAGCUGUCCAAGACAACGGCUGUCAGCGUCGUGGUGGUCGCUUACACUUUGACGCCUAAAGGUCAAUACCCAGAGCAGCUGAGACAGGCCGCGGAGAGCUUGGAGUGGCUCACGGGCACGGUUGGCAAGAAGACUGAAGAUAUUAUCGUGGCUGGGGACUCUGCUGGCGCAAAUUUGACGAUCGGUCUCCUGUCCCACCUUCUCCAUCCUCACCCAGAGCUUCCAAAUCCGACCGCGGGAGGCUCACUUGCUGCUGCGGUUCUGAUAUCGCCAUGGAUCAAGUUCAGCACUACAGACGACAGCUUCCGACGGAACGCAACAAGUGAUAUGAUACCACCGGCGGCGGCUGAUCGCUGGAAGAAGUUGUUUCUCGGUGAGAAAUCAAGUGACAAGUACAGUGAGCCAAGUCUUGCCGACUCUGCGUGGUAUUCUGGGCUGGAUAAGGUGGUGAAUGAUAUUCUGAUUUGGGGUGGCGACAAAGAAGUUCUCAUCGAUAGCAUCAAAGCCUUCGGAACGACCAUUGAGAAGGCCCACGCAAAGACGACUAUCGUCAUUGAAUCUGGCGCAGCGCAUGAAGAUUUCAUCCUCGAUACAUUGCUCGGGUACAAGGAGAAAGCAGAAGGCACGAAAGUGAUUGAGAGUUGGCUUGCGACGAGAUUAUGACAUGUAACGGCGCUUAUCAGAGGCUCGAAUACCUGUGCAGUCGUCGCAGCUAGCUCAUGGGAGGGGAUGUGUUCGAUUUGAUGCACUUGCUUUGAAGCAGGAGCGCAGAAUACCACCGGACACCAUGCAUAAUGCUCCACACUCCCCCAGCACACUGGCCGAUAUCGCUGAUAGGAUUGUGUACCUAAAAGGGCAAGCGAAUUCCACAUACUCGAAAGACACAC